AUGCAUGCAAUGGAACUUGACCAGUGCACUGACUUGGCGGCAUUGCUUGCGCAAGGGGAAGAGAAUCAUGAGCUUGCGAGGCGAUUUGGCUCUGUAGCCAGUUCGCCCCCACAGCUGGAGCCAGAAGCCUUGCACGCCAGUUACACGGAGGACUUUGAUGCUGGUGCUCGCGACCGUUGGGAUGACGAUGCAGAAAACUGCUCCAUCUGCAGUGCGUUAUUGGGACGACGUCGUUUGCGGCCUCGGCACCACUGUCGCAUCUGUGGUCGCUGUGUUUGUGCAUCGUGUUCCCCAAACCUUGCGCUGAUGCCCGGCUCGGGGAGGGAGCUGCAACGCGCUUGCACUCCCUGCAUGGCCGUCGCUCCUCGGAUUCGUUUUCGGUUCUCCGAUUCCGGUCUGGUCAGAACUUGGAUUUUGGAGCCCCUGCCGGACUGGCAGGAAUGUCAGAGCAGAUGA